GUGAGUUGGUGGCUCCGGUUUUAAAAGAGAUGUUUUUAAAAAUUGUUUCAGAUCGUUUACAAUUCUUGGUAAUCGAAUCAGUUUGGAAUUUACAUAAUGUUCACGCCGUAAUAGUUUCUUCAUUUAACUUUAAUUUGAAUCUUUCUACAGUGGUCUAUCGGAAUAGGUUAAAUUUCAUAUUAUGGUAUGGGACCACUUCCCAUGGCAAAAUGGCCAUCUAAAAUGGAAGAAGAAGACAGGAAUAAAAUCACCCAGAAUUUGGUAGAACUUAUUGAACAAACCAAUCUGGAUUCAUUGAUACCUGAAUUGUUGGAAAGGGGGGUCUUUACCCCUGAAAUGAUUGAGAAAUAUGUGGAUAGUAACACCGAACUCAGAAAAAGGAAACGUAAGCUAUUCUUGGAUCUGCAGACAAGAGGUCCAGAAGCCUUUCAGCAUCUUACCGUCUCUCUAAUGAUAACUGGACAUCUAGACUUAGUCCAACGACUGCUGCCAGAUGUUGAUCUAAGGAAUUACUUCACGGAGCGAGGAGGAAGACGUGUGCCUCAAGUUCGGCAUGGGCCAAACCUGGCUAACCUUCCAAGAUAUAUGUUUGAAGACAUCGCUGAUCUCAGCCCAAGGCUUCAAACUUUGGCCCUUCAGAAUCCCAUGCCUGUUGUAAAUUUAAGCAGAGAACCAUUAAGGGUUGUAGUGAGGAGAGCUACUGUCAGAAGGGAUGUGUGUACUCGUGAAGGGCUGCAGGUAUAUCCGAUGAUUUCUUACCCACGAGGCUACUUCUUUAUGAUUAACAAUGUUCAGUUUGUGAAUGAUAUUGAAGAAGCAAGAAUUGGUUCAGGAGUGGAUGAGAAGAAUCUUGGUGAUUUGUUUAGAGACUUUGGGUAUAAGGUGGAGUCGUACCGUGACCAAGGAUUAGAGGACAUGAGGAGGAAGAUCAGUCAGUUUGCUCGAAGAACCGAGCAUUCACGUUACGAUUCAUGUGUCGUGGCAAUUAUGAGUCAUGGGAAAAUGGGAAUCAGUAAGCAGGAUUCGACCAUCGUAGCUGCAGAUGGCCAACGACUGAAGAUCGACUGGGUUCUGGAACAAUUCACCAAUGAGAAUGCUCGCAGUCUUGUGGGAAAACCUAAAAUCUUCUUUUUUCAAAGUUGCAGGGGUGAUGCAUUGGAUUUUGGGGUCAAGAUGACGUCUGGUCGCAUGCAACACGAUGGCUCUACCUCAAUUGUUCAUCGUAGAAUGUCUGACAUACUUACUGGAUAUUCGACCCUUCCCGGAUUUUCGUCUAAUAGGGACAUCUACCUCGGGACUUGGUAUAUUCAAGCAAUCUGUGAAAUUUUCAUGGAGCAUGCUUGUGACACAGACAUAGAAGACAUGCUCAAAAUGGUUGAUCAGAAGUUGGCCACGCUAAUGGCCGAAGACGGUUCGCUGCAGACGUCUUCCUACGAGAACAUAGGUUUUCGUAAGUUUUACUUCAAUCCCGGACUAUUUGAUGCUCAAUCUGGAUUUCCUAAUCCGUAGAGAAGUUAGUAAAUGUGUAUCCUUUGGCUAAAGAAUACAUUUAGUGCAAAAUGUAAUUACACACUUAAAAGAACUAAAAAUAGAACCGAAAUUGGAUAUAAUUUAAAAUAUAAAACCAGUCGAAUAGAACAUGGCGAAGAGAAGACUUCCAAUGUAUUAAAAAAUUACAGACCAAAUGGAUUAAGGGACCAAGAAUGACCUUUAUGGAGACUUUUGGACAACUGAGGCUCAAACAAGCCAACAGUCGGGCUAAUUCCAUGACCGAUGACAAUGAAAUUUGACUUAUGCAUCCUGUUAAGUCUCUUAACUUUGUGGAAUUGAAAAAUUUCAGAUGUUUUGUAGAAAUAGUAAUGCCUGUUCCUGCAUUGACGGAUCUAACUACUUAAUUUCUCAGUAUGGUACGUAGUAUUAUAAAGUUGAUGUGAGAUUUAUUUUUGGGUCCUGACACCUGGAGAAGUUCGCUGAUUGUCGAUGUUUAAAAGGACCAUAGUUUCUCUAUUAUCAGGAAUAACCAUGAAAGCUUAAAAUCAAUUAUUAGUAUUAUAAACUGGUUUAAUGUGAAAACUAGGAUAAUCUACCUAUACAGAACUUAGUUUUUGGUUUACAGAUAAGCCUGUGAUAACAGAUGUGCUAUAAAAACAAUUGUCUAAGAACAAGUACAGAUUAAGGAAACAACUCCAGGUUUUAUUUUCUGUUCCUUUGUGUUAUUUUUUAUGUAUUUUUAAUGUUAAGUGAUUUUACUGUGAUAUCAAUGAUUCAAAGAGCACCGAAUGAAAUUUUAUCCAUGUCAUUGAAUUAUGUAACUUUUUGAAUGAAGGAGCGGCAUCCAUUCUGUGCCCAUGUGGAGGCAGCACUCGGUGCCGCAAAGCACAAGGAACACGGACUGAGUUCGUGUAUUGUUUUUACGUGAAACUAAAUACAUGGCACUGUUAUUAGAUGUAUGAAUAUAUAUUUAAGUGAUUUUUAUGUGUUACGUGUCAUAAUUUUGUUAGCGUUCUUAAUUACAAAUUUUUAUAAUUUGUGCCAUUUUUCUAAUGUUCAGUGGUUUCCAAAGCGUGUUACAUGAUGAACUUUUUUAACUUUAAAAUGAGUAUACAUGGAGGCCAUCAUAAACUGUGUUCUUUCCCCCUUGAAAUGUAUCUCCGUCGCGAGGUAUUCACAGACACUGACCGCAGUCUUUUAUUUUGGCAAAUAUUGCAGUUGCCAUGUUCAGGAUGUUUGCUGAAAUGUAAACCACAAAGAAUCAACACGAUUCAUUCCCAGAUGUUAACGUUACAUACGCAGAUGCCCCACGGGUUAUGCAAGACGACUUACGCAAAAUUUGAUCUGUGAAAUGUUCCGUAAGGCACACGAUAGGCACUAGGAUUAAAAUGGAAAUGACAUUUUGUUGUUGUAAAUGUUAAUUUUCUGUGCUUUAAUUUUAUUUACAAAGCUCAAACACGCUUACGCACAUAUUACAGUAAUGAUUUUGACUCUCAUAAAAUUGAGGUUAUGUAAGACGUUCUGGAACGGAAUGAUCGCAUAAGUCGGGGAGUGUCUGUAUUAAACUUGAGCCAGUAAGCAGGUGCCCACUUUACCCAUUGCAUAAAACGGCCCCGUGUGGUACGCGAGGUUUUCAUGGUCGUGAAAAUGUGGAUUGCGGUCUUCUGGGUCGUGACAUCAUGUUGUCAUGUUCUCUAAAACAUUGGUAACCACUCGUAUGUCACAGACCAGAAGUUUUUUUUAAAUUCUUACAGUGUCGGUGAUACCGAUUCCCCUUAAAUAUUAUAUGUAUGAUAACUUUUUGUAUUAUACAAUCUUACAUUUAUAAUGAAUCUGUAUUUCUGCAUCAUAUAAUGCAGUUUUGAUAAAGCAUAUACUGUUUUUAUGCAAAGUAAAUAUUUUAGUAGAUUUUUAAAUCUGUAUUAUGCUCUGUAACCUCCGGAACGCUGACCUACAGUGUGGGAAGAAUGUUUGGUUGUUAACCCAGUUUAUGUGCAAAAACAUUUAGAAGGUGUGAGAAGUGGAGUUUAAGCGGUGGGAGUAGAGAGUCACUCGCUCUCCAACUCGCCCAGGCAGAAGAUUUGUGUGUGACCCGGGUCAGAAAAGGUUAUAAAAUUUUGGUCCACGCAGAGCACCAAAUGGAGUCGUUUGUUGUUGAUGAAGGGAUCUUGUAUGUGGAAUGAACUGUACAAAUAAUAAAUUUGAUAAUAUUUUAUACAUUUUUAAGUGCAACUGUUCUGACUUAUUGUAUGUAAAAUUAUGCGGUGUUCAGUUAUAUCUGCUGUAUAUAAAUUGAUAAAAGAAACAAAUGUAUCAUGACAUUUUAUUAUAAAGUCUGUCGUGCAAGUCUUUUAUGUG